AUCACUGUGUUCUUUAGUGUUCUUUAGCGUUCAGUCGGUAUGGAUCUGGGUCUGAAAAUCAACUCCACUGAACCCAGAUGUGUGUCUGUGAAGAGCAACUUCUCCAUGGACGAACCUUUAACAUUCAAAGAUGGAACGUUUUCUACAGAGCAGAGAGUCCUGGAGGAGAGACCAGCUGUAUCCAGAUGUGUGUCUAUGAAGAGCAACCAGUCCAUGCGUACACCCUUAAUGUUCGAAGAUGGAGCUUUUUCAACAGAGCAGAGUGUCCAGCAGGAGAGACCAGAUGUUCCUGUAUCCAGCUGUGUGUCUCUGAAAAGCAACCAGUCCAAAUGUGAAGCCAUAAUGUUUAAAGAUGGAGAUUUCUUCACAGAUAAGAGAGUCCAGCAGGAGAGUCCAGAUGUUCCUGUAUCCAGCUGUGUGUCUCUGAAAAGCAACCAGUCCAAAUGUGAAGCCAUAAUGUUUAAAGAUGGAGAUGUUUUCACAGAUAAGAGGGAGAGUUCUGACGUUGCUGCUGGUUCCUCCAACGAUGAGCAUGAUGAAGCAGAUCAAGCCUCCAUAUUCAUGCUGCUUAAGGAGCACAUUUACACCUUUGUCAAGACUGAGCUGAGGAGGUUCCAGGAAGUUCUUAGACCAGAUUACCCGGAGUGCUUACAAGAACAGAAGAAGAAUGACGAGGAGGUAAACGGCGAAGAGGAAAAACGGAGGAAUAGCAGCAGAGAAGCGCUUCUGAAGAUCGCGCUGCACUUCUUAAGGAGCAUGAAGCAGGAGGAGAUGGCCGACCGUUUGCAGAGCAGAACUCUUGAUGCAAUGUGCCAAAACAAGCUCAAAACCAGUCUGAAAGAGAAGUUCCAGAGUUUAUAUGAAGGAAUCGCUAAAGCAGGAAAGCCAACACUUCUGAAUGACGUCUACACAGAGCUGUACAUCUCAGAGGGAGGGAGUGGAGAGGUCAAUGACGAACACGAGAUCAGGCAGAUUCAAACAGCCUCCAGAAAACAGUCCAGACCAGAACAUGUGAUUAAAUGUGACGACAUCUUUCAACCUUUGCCUGAUAAAGAUCAUCGACCAAUCAGAACAGUGCUGACUAAAGGAAUGGCCGGCAUCGGGAAAACCGUCUUAACCCAUAAGUUCAGUCUGGACUGGGCUGAAGACAAAACCAACCACAACAUUCAGUUCCUGUUUCCGUUCUCCUUCAGAGAGCUGAAUUUACUGAGUGGAAAAAAGUACAGCUUGACUGACCUUCUUCAUCUCUUCUUCACUGAGACCAGAGAAGCAGAAAUUUGCAGAUUUGAUCAGUCCCAGGUUGUGUUCAUCUUUGACGGUCUGGAUGAGUGUCGCCUUCCUCUGGACUUCCACAACAAUCAGAUCCUGGCUGAUGUGACCGAGGCCUCCACGGUGGAUGUGCUGCUGACAAACCUGAUCAGGGGGAGGCUGCUUCCUUCUGCUCGCCUCUGGAUAACCACACGGCCUGCAGCAGCCAAUCAGAUCCCUCCUGAGUUGGUUGACAUGGUGACAGAGGUCAGAGGCUUCACUGAUACCCAGAAGAACGAGUAUUUCAGGAAGAGAUUCAGAGAGGAGGAACAGAUGGACAAAAUCAUCUCCCAUGUGAAGGCAUCACGAAGCCUCCACAUCAUGUGUCACAUCCCAGUCUUCUGCUGGAUCACUGCUUCGGUUCUGGACCGUGUGUUGAGAGCAGACGAGAGAGGAGAGUUGCCCAAGACCCUGACUCAGAUGUACAUCCACUUCCUGGUGGUUCAGUCCAAAAUAGGAAAUGUUAGAUUUCGUGGAGCAUCUGAGACAGAUCCAGUCUGGAACCCUGAAACCUGCAAGAUGAUUCUGUCUCUGGGAAAACUGGCUUUUGAGCAGCUGCAGAAAGGAAACCUGAUCUUCUAUGAAUCAGACCUGAUAGAGUGCGGCAUCGAUAUCAGAGCAGCUUCACUGUACUCUGGAGUGUUCACAGAGAUCUUUAGAGAGGAGUGUGGGCUGCACCAGGACAAGGUGUUCUGCUUUGUGCAUCUGAGCUUCCACGAGUUUCUGGCUGCUCUGUACGUCUUCGUGACAUUCGUCAACUCUGGAGUCAACCUGAUGUCAGAGUCACGGUCGAUGUCCUGCUGGUCUCCACUGCUCAGGGAAAAAACAAAAAUCCACCUACUCUACCAAAGUGCUGUGGACAAGAUCAUAGAAAGUUCAAAUGGACACCUGGACUUGUUCCUUCGGUUCCUCUUGGGUUUCUCGCUGGAAACCAAUAAGAGCCUUUUACAAGGCCUGCUGACCCAAUCAGGAGGCAGCUUACAGAGCUACCAGGAAACAGUCAGAUACAUCAAGAGAAAGAUCAGGAAGAAUCCAUCUCCAGAGAGGUGCAUCAAUCUGUUCCACUGCCUGAAUGAGCUGAAUGAUCAUUCUCUGGUGGAGGAGAUCCAACAGUCCCUGAGUUCAGGAAGUCUGUCCACAAACAAACUGUCUCCUGCUCAGUGGUCAGCUCUGGUCUUCAUCCUCCUGUCAUCAGAAGAAGAUCUGGAUGUGUUUGACUUGAGGGAGUAUUCUGCUUCAGAGGAAGGUCUCUUGAAGCUGCUGCAGGUGGUCAAAGCCUCGAGGAUCUGCCUGUUGAAUGACUGUAAGCUGACGGAGAGAAGCUGUGAAGCUCUGGCCCGGGUUCUUACCUCCAAGUCCUCACGUCUGAGAGAGCUGGACCUGAGCAGCAAUGACCUGCAGGAUUCAGGAGUGGAAGAACUGUUUACUGGGCAGGGGAGUUCACACAGCAGACUGGAAACUCUACGGCUGAGCGGCUGUAACCUGUCAGAGAAAAGCUGUGAAACCGUGGCCUCAGUUCUCAGCUCUCCGUCCUCCAGUCUGAAGGGCCUGGACCUGAGCAACAACGACCUGCAGGAUUCAGGAGUCAAGCUGCUCGCCACCGGCCUCGCAAGUCCGCACUGCAGGCUGGAAACUUUACGGCUGUCAGGCUGCCUGAUCACAGAGGAAGGAUGUGCUGCUCUGGUCUCUGCUCUGACCACCAACCCCUCCUAUCUGAGAGAGCUGGACCUGAGCUACAACCAUCCAGGAGACUCAGGAGUGAACCUCCUGACGGCCGGACUCCAUGAUCCACAGUGGAGGCUGGACACUCUGUGUGUUGACCAUGGCGGCAGGCAUCACUUAAAACCCUUCAAGUACGCCUGUGAACUCACAUUGGACCCAAACACAGCCAACGUGAAGCUCUCUCUGACCGAAGACGACAGGAAGGUGACCGCAGUGACUGAAGAGCAGCUUUAUCCUGAACAUCCAGACAGGUUCAACCACUGGAAGCAGGUUCUGUGCAGAGAAGGUCUGAUCGGGCGCUGCUACUGGGAGGUGGACUGGAAAGGAUGGGUCAACAUAGGAGUGACCUACAGAGGAAUCAGGAGGAAAGGGCAGGACGACGACUGCUGUCUGGGAGAGAACAGCCAGUCCUGGGGUAUGUUCUGUUCAGGUAACGGUUACUCUGCCUGCCACAACAAGAGAACCACCGACGUUCGGGCUCCGUCUUCCUUCGACUCUGGCAGAGUGGCAGUUUAUCUGGACUGGCCUGCUGGCUCUCUGUCCUUCUACAGAGUCUAUUCAGACACUCUGAUCCACCUCCACACGUUCAACACCACAUUCACCGAACCUCUGCACCCUGCGUUCAGGUUCAGGUUAUCGUCUGCGUCCGGUGCUUCAGCGUCAUUGUGUCGGUCUGAGGAGGAAGGAUCGUAGAAAACAUUCAAUAGUUCUGACCUAACAAGUCCACACUAACAGAGCCUGAAUGUAUAUGUCUUUCCUGUUAAUCCAUUGUAGAUAUAUAUUUAGUCUUUCUGGUCUACGGUUGAUUCAAAUCCAGCGUCAGUUUCCUAAUGGUGCAGUGCAAAAACCUAAAAAAAAAAUACAUUUUAGGGUUGUUUCAGUGUAGAACAGCUCAACAACAAUUGUUUUUUGUUCAUAGACCUACAGUCAUGGAAAAAUUACUAGACCACCUUUGUUUUCUUCAAUUUCUUGGUAAUUUUAAUGUGGCAAGGAGCAUUGUCUUGUUGGAAAAUCCAGAAAUCCAGAGUUUUCCAGCUGAUGGAAGAAGACUGUUUUCAAGAGUAGCCCCAAACAUGACCUGGUUCAUUGUCCAUUUUCGUUGUUUUGCAUUUCGUUUUUGUCAUUUUCUAUCUUGUUUUUGUCGUCUCUCGUUUUUGUCGUUUUCUGUCUUGUUUUUGCCGUUUUGACAAUUUCUGAGUUGUGCUACGGCUUGAAUGUCAGCAGGAAACCACUCUAGACCUUUACAUGACAUGAAAUAAAAAUACAAUUUAGAAGUCAGUCAUUUAUCUACAACAGAUGCUAAUUUAUCUUCAUUUUUGUUGCUUAAUUGCUUUGUUUGAUUGGAGUAUAUCAAGGAAAAUGCACGUUUUAAGAUUCUAAUAAUAAUUAGAAAGUAAAAAUAUCAGAUCACCCAUAGCGGCCUUUUUUUCUUUGUAUUGUUGACAUUAAACUAUUAAACUAUUCCUAUAUUAUAUUUAAGUGUCACUAAAGGAGACACUUUUUAUUUCAAGAUUUCUGAGUAAUAUUGUUUUGUAACAUAAGUAAACAUAUA